AUGGAUAAGCCUAAACCCCGGAAGAGAUCAAUCGCGGGGAAUUUGGUGACACUUACAAACACCUUGUGCAAUAUAUCAGAACAAAGAUGCUGCGACCAAGACGCACAGAGACGAGCCCUAGCAGCUAUUGGCCUUUUGCGUCGUAAGAUUCGAUCACUUCAAUCGUUCCCCCAAGAACCAGCGAUCAAGCGCUGCGAAACGAAUUGUCCUACUGACUCACGGACGGAUGUAGUGUCUCGUUUGCCUACAGAGAUAUACAUCAUGAUAAUUAACUGCCUCGUCAACGAUAGGUAUGGGAGGUCUCCGGAGCAGGCGAAACUACGUGCCCAGACUUUACAAUCUCUGGCAUCUACCUGUAGAAUGUUCCAGAUACUUUGCGAGGAGCACCUGUAUACGCACCCGAGAUCCCAGCGACUAUCGACGAAUAGCAACCCCCAAUGGCUAUUUCUCUUCUGUCUUACUAUUGAGCCCCGCAGAGCCCAUCAUAUCCGGUCACUGACAUUCCAGCCCCGGCCAGAGAAUUUCCGAUACGGUGUAUGGGUAAGCACUCUGGAGCUCUGUCCCAAUCUAACUCGUCUUGAACUGGAUUGGAAAUAUGCCCCCGCACAAGUCGUUCGACAAUUCAUGCAUAUGCACAUGGGCUUGUUUUUUGCUGCCUGUCCCAAGGUUACCGAGUUCAUAUAUGACGGUGGCUUCGGCCUCGACGAUGAAAUAACUGCAAAUGAGGUGGCGUUUUCGCAGCAAUACGCAGACUUUGCGAAGCAGCUUUGCCACUUAGAAGUUUGUGGCGCAUUCGAGUCCAUCCGGGACAUCCUUCAUUAUGAUUACCCAAACCUCAAGUCACUCACUCUCACAGAGUUCGACUAUGGGGAGAGAGAAGAUUUCUUUCAGAAGCUAUCUCUUUGUACUCAUGAUUUAGAAAGACUGAGAUUAGGCUGUCCUAGACAAUUCUCCCUGCAAGACCUGGAGAUCGGCUUCAAAACAUGGGGGAAAACAUUACAGUCUCUUGACAUCGAGCGCCCCGUAUUCAUGGAUUCCGACGAUGACAUCCUUGGCCAUCUGCUGCCCCAUCUUACAAGGUUGGAGGAGCUUGGUUUGAGUGCGUGGUGCACCACAUUCCGCCUCUCAGAUAUCCAGGCUAUAGCUCAACCGGAUGCUCCACGUCUGAAAGCGUUCCGGUGGUUCCAUGCAGAUGAUAUCUUCAAAUACGACCCACUUGCGAAUGCAGAAAACGUCAGUAAAGCCAUAAUUGACAUCUUCAUUGCGCAUUCUGAGACUCUCAAUACCUUCAUCAUAGAAGAAUCGUUCAACUUUUGGAACUUCGGUAUGGAUAUCUUUAAGCACCUCCAUAAAGCAAAGAAUUUGGAGAAUCUUCGGGUGCAGCUAAAUGACAUUCCUACCAAAAAAGAGAUAGACGGUCUUCUGACUGCAUGCCCGAAGCUUGGAAAGUCAGAAUUAGGACUCACGGUGGUUAAGGAGUUCUUCACUGAGUGCACCUUGGCGACUAUGAAGUACAAGGAGGACACGUUAGAGGCCGUGGAGGGUAGUUGGGGAAGGACAUGCCAUCCUAUGAGGACUGGGACAUGGUCAUAG